AUGUCGGUCGUGUCGGUCAUCGAGGUCGAGCUGCAUAUUUCGUACACUACAUACCACCACUUCACAGAGGACAUACAGACGAGACAGUACCGCGCGCUCGAGGUGCUCAUAGGAGCGGGGUACGGAUCGCCGGCCGACAUAUGGAGCACCGCCUGCAUGGCGUUUGAGCUCGUCACGGGAGACUACCUGUUUGAGCCGCACUCGGGCGAGGACUACUCGCGCGACGAGGACCAUCUCGCUCACAUCAUCGAGUUGCUGGGAGACAUUCCGCGCCACAUCGCUCUCUCCGGCAAAUACUCGCGAGAGUUCUUCAACAAGCAGGGCAAGCUGAGGCACAUCCACAAGCUGAAGCCGUGGGGCCUGUACGACGUGCUCGUCGAGAAGUACGAGUGGGAUGCGGAGGAAGCCCUGCAGUUCUCCAGCUUCCUCAUCCCGAUGAUGGAGCUACCGCCGAGAAAGCGCGCCAGCGCCGCCGAGUGUCUGCAGCAUCCCUGGCUCAGCUCGUAGUCGCCGCGGCAACCGCGCGCCGUAGCAACAGCAUCCCCCGGUCUCUCGCGCUGCGGAGGCGCCCCCUGGGAGGGAUGCGCAGACGGUUUUGGCGUGCGCGCGUGCUAGAAGAGCGAGCGUUAUUUUAGGGGAGCGCCGUGGGGGUGGUUUUGUCGCCCCCUGGAGGUGGUUUUGUCGCGUGCUGCAGGCGCCCCCUGGGGGGAUGCGGGUGUAGUUUUGUCAUGCGGCGUCAGCGCCCCCUGGGGGGAUGCGGGUGUAGUUUUGUCAUGCGGUAGCGUCAGCCCCCUGGGAUGCGGGUGUAGUUUUGUCAUGCGGCGUCAGCGCCCCCUGGGGGGAUGCGGCUGUAGUUUUGUUGCGUGCUGCGGGCGCCCCCUGGGGGGGACGCGGGGAUGGAUUUGUCGCGUACUGAGCAGCAAGACUGCACUAUUGUAUAGUCAGAUACGAUGUUGUAUAUGUCGGUGCGACGAGACGCGAGUGCAGAUGGCGCCACCUCUAUGCACCCAUUGUGUUCGCUGCUCGCUAGCAGUUUGCUCUUGUUCUCGUUGGCGGCGGUGCUGUUAUCGGUAGUCGAUUUUCACAUAGAGGGCACUGCGUAUAUUUGCGUGUCGGGUGUGACGGAGAACGAAGUUUCUUGACAUGGUUAUUAUAAUAUGUUUGCGCCGGCCACAGUGCUAUGCUUUGAUCUUCGCCGCUGCUCUACUGCGGGGGCGCCACUGAGUCGUUGGGGCCUCGUCGGUGGGGCGCCACUGAGUCGUUGGGGGCGCCACUGAG